AUGGUUCUGAUGUUGGCUUCAACUUGUGAGAGCGAGUCCAAAGUUACAGAUGAGUCUGAAAAUCUGGCUCCUCCAGUAACAAACCACCACCAUCUACCACAGAUCUGGCUACUCCAUUAUCAAACCUCCACCAUCUACCACAGAUCUGGUUACUCCAGUAACAAACCACCACCAUCUAGCCACCACAGAUCUGGUUACUCCAGUAUCAAACCACAACCAUCUAGCCCGCACAGAUCUGGCUACUCCAGUAUCAAACCACCACCACCUACCACAGAUCUGGCUACUCCAGUAACAAACCACCACCAUCUCCCACAGAUCUGGCUACUCCAGUAUCAAACCACCACCAUCUCCCACAGAUCUGGCUACUCCAGUAUCAAACCACCACCACCUACCACAGAUCUGGCUACUCCACCACCACAGAUCUGGCUACUCCAGCAUCAAACCCCCACCAUCUACCACAGACCUGGCUACUCCAGCAUCAAACCACCACCAUCUACCACAGAUAGAGCUACUCCAGGAUCAAACCACCACCAUCUACCACAGACCUGGCUACUCCAGCAUCAAACCACCACCAUCUACCACAGACCUGGCUACUCCAGCAUCAAACCACCACCAUCUACCACAGAUAUGGUUACUCCAGUAUCAAACCACCACCCUCUAGCCACCACAGAUCUGGCUACUCCAAUAACAAACCCCCACCAUCUAGCCACCACAUAUCUGGUUACUCCAGUAUCAAACCACCACCAUCUAGCCACCACAGAUCUGGCUACUCCAAUAACAAACCACCACCAUCUAGCCACCACAUAUCUGGUUACUCCAGUAUCAAACCACCACCAUCUAGCCACCACAGACCUGGCUACUCCAGUAUCAAACCACCACUAUCUAGCCACCACAGAUCUGGUUACUCCAGUAUCAAACCACCACCCUCUAGCCACCACAGAUCUGGCUACUCCAGUAUCAACCCACCACCAUCUAGCCACCACAGAUCUGGCUACUCCAAUAACAAACCACCACCAUCUAGCCACCACAUAUCUGGUUACUCCAGUAUCAAACCACCACCAUCGAGCCACCACAGAUCGGGCUACUCCAGUAUCAAACCACCACCAUCUAGCCCCCACAGAUCUGGCUACUCCAGUAUCAAACCACCACCAUCUAGCCACUGCUUAUCCAAUUAUCCCACUUUUCAGCCACUACUAA